CGGAUUGCAGCCGCGAGGUUGUUGCCAUGGAGGUUCCAGAAUGCAGUCCAGAGAACUACGCUGGAGGUCAAGACGCAAGGUGGAUAGAGCCGAGUGAGACAGAACAGUGGCGUCAUCCGCUCUUGCCUGCCGACCAGUGGGAGCAACAGCCGUUUCGACGUUCACAGCUUGAAGCAGAUUACGAAAUGCCCAAGCAGACACUGUCACAAAUACCACCUUACCCAGGACCGCAGAUCCAGAAGCAGCGUAUACUCGAGGAGUUGCUAGAAAUGAAUCGCGUAGAGCUCCCUAGAGCUUCUCCGCAGCCACAAGAGUUAGUUCCUUUGAACGUUUACAGAUGGCACAAGCCUCAAGCGUUUCCCGAACGAUGCCAGAACCGGAUCAGCCCGCCCACUUGCCAGUGUGGGUCAGUCCACGAGACAGCUGUCGACAGGCCUGCGAAGACUCUAGACAGACAGACUUGGUUGCAAGACAGUCGCCUCGUUCUGUGUAAGGAGCAAGUAGAGAAAGAAACUCGUAUUGGAAACGCUUCACAAUUUCUGAAGACGUUCCAUGAAGUUCUCUCAGAGUGCGAGGAGGCCGUUCCACACGAAGCAGUGUUCCAGGAGCCAGAGACGCCGUUUCGUCAACACUGCCAGUGUCCCGCGGCUCAGCAAGAAUUUUCUGAGAAAUACGAGUUUCAGCACAGUUACGGGACUGUGAAGACGGAGGAAUAUCAGUUCCAGCACAGUUCCAGGACUGUGAAGACUAUCUUCACAAACAGCAUUCCCAGCCAGCGUUUCAUUGCAGCUCAGUCGGUGGCCGUCGAUCGCCAAGUGAUUUACAAAGAAGAGUACAAAAUCAUCCCACAGCACCAGCUUGAGUGGAACAUUUCAGAUGGAGAUAUUCUAGGCGACAUGAAUAUGGACUUAAAUUUCAGUCGUGGUACGCUAGUGGGCGUCAGUCCAUAACGACCGACAAGGUGACCUCGCCGUUAUCUGGAUAUAUAGGACGUCUCAUCGAAAAGUGAAACAUAGCAAAAAUCACAAGGAGGGACAGUUUCUGUGAAAUACGUGUGUGGAUGAGGUGAUGAAGAC